CUAGACUUCAUCAUUACUUUGUCUGAGAUUCUCGGGCGACGCGAGACCCUCUCGAAGAGACUUGGAGUUUUCUGCGGGCAGAAUCAAAAGAAUCAUUCCUCCUUUUACACCCCGUACUCACACCAUAUCGUGAAAACCUCCGCCGCUCGAUUUUUAUAUCCGACCCUCCUCCCCCGCCGUGAUGUCGUCAAAUCAUGCUUCUCUUGAUGCGGCGGCAAAUGAGCGCAAAGCACGCCUUGCAAAGCUUGCCGCGCUGAAGCGCAAACAACCAGAGCCAGAGCCAUUGACCGAAACUGGCGCCGCCGAUGAAGAAUUAGAAGAUGCUGCCCCCGAUGUAACAAAGCAAUACCUCUCCGGGAGGAACUACGACGCAGAAAUGCGCGGCCCAAAGCUGGGUUUCGACACCGCCCCGUCAGAUGGUCAGAUCACCGUGGAAGCGCAGGCUGCAGAGAUCGCAAGGGCCACCGCAGAGCAAGCGAAGAAGGAUGAGGAAGGUGACCAGCCCAUUGACCUCUUCAAGCUACAGCCUAAGAAGCCGAAUUGGGAUUUGAAGCGGGACUUGGAUGAGAAGAUGAACGUCCUCAAUGUUCGAACUCAGAAUGCGAUUGCGAAGCUUGUUCGCCAACGGAUAGAAGAGGCACAACGCGCAGCUCAGGCGAAAGGGACAGGUGCCAAUGGAGGUGAACAGGGCGAAGAAGUGGGCAUUGAAGGUGAUAUGUUGGUUCAGGGCAUUCAUGUCCGUGAGAGGGAAGAAGAGGAGGCAGGCAAUGGUCUGGAGGAUGAUGAGGCAUGAUUUUGAUACCCCAUGGAAAGAUGUAUGGUAGCAGUUGCGAUUCGGUCUCAUCUCUUUGCAUCUUGCUUUUACAGGCGCCCACAGUUGGAGGAUUUGGGACAAGUGUCGCAAGGCGUUGAGGAUCUUUGCAUACGGUUUACUUGGAAAAUUACUUUCAAUGCAUU